AUGGAGAAUUUUGAUUCGGAAAUUAGCAGUUUGGACGAGGAAACAACUUACUUGGUAAAUAGUCAUUCGGAUAAAACUUUCCAGGAUAGUUUGUUGGAUGAUGAUGAUAUUGUCGAUACUAGAUCUGAGCUCAAAUUUGAGAGAGGUAAGUUCAAAUUCAAAUUCAAUUCAAAAAGCGACGAACAGAAACAUAAAAGGAAAGAAAUUGAAGCUGCUAUAGGAAAUAAAUCAACAACAUUGAAAACCUGGAAAGAUUUGGCAAUGAGCAAAUUUGGUUUAGUUGGAGAUGAUUUGAGGUUUACCGUUUGGCCCUUGCUGUUAGAGGUAGAUCCAAGUACAGACGAAAAAAUUCCAUCACUAGAAGAACUUUCGGAUCACCCCGAAUAUCAGCAAGUCAUUUUAGAUGUAAAUAGGUCACUCAAAAGAUUUCCUCCAGGCAUUCCAUAUGAACAAAGAGUAGCGUUACAAGAUCAACUUACAGUACUAAUAUUAAGGGUUAUAAUUAAAUAUCCUCAUUUAAGGUAUUAUCAGGGAUAUCACGAUGUAGCAAUUACAUUUCUUUUAGUAGUAGGAGAAGCGGUUGCAUUUAGGAUAAUGGAAAAAUUAAGUACAGAAAAUUUAAGGGAAUGCAUGGAAUCCACGAUGGAAAAAACCGAUUACAGAUUGAAUUACAUUUACGCCUUGUUGUAUAAAGUCGAUAAGGAUGUGCACGGGUUUAUGGACAGUGCAGGUGUAGGUACAAUGUUUGCCUUGCCUUGGUAUUUGACUUGGUUUGGACACUCUUUGAACCAAUACAAAGACGUUGUAAGGCUUUAUGAUUACUUUUUAGCCACUCCACCUCUAAUGCCUUUAUAUGUUGCUACUUCCUUAGUGAUUUAUCGAAGGGAUGAAAUUUUUGCAGAAGGUUGCGACAUGGCCAGUAUUCAUUGUCUUCUAUCCCAAAUCCCUGACAAUUUGGACUUUGAAUCGAUCCUGGUAGCCGCAAUGAAGUAUUACAAGGACUAUCCACCAGACAAGCUAGAAAAAUUGGUCAAAACACGUGUGGAAAGGGAAAUGGCUGAAAGAAAGAAAAACGAACAAAUGAUGAGGAACAGACUGAGAGGACAAAAAAGUCUGUGGGUCCGAUUCAACAACCGCAUGCCAGCGUGGUUGGUAUUCAGUAGAAGAAGCAAAUUGGGUUUGAUAUUUGCCACUGCUACAGUUUUGAUUGGAUAUUUGUACUAUUAUAAGUAUGGUGGGGACGCUCGAAUGCCUUUUUUGAGGCUCAAAGACAGUAAAAAUUCUGGAAAAUAGGAUUUGCAAAGGGUGCCGACAUUUUUUUGGGGGAAAUACCAAUUAACAAUAGAUAGUUUACAUCCCUAGCCCCAAAAAUUAUAAUUCUUUUUCGAGACAAUUAUAAUAUUUACUCAAAAUAAAUAUAAGGAUUAAAUAUUUUAUACUAAAAUUAUUCCAAAGAAUAUAAUUAUAUACAUAGUAACCGAAAAAAAAAAAAAUAUUGUAAUAUUUAUGUUUAAGAACCUGAACAUCAUGAUUUUUUUUUUAGUACAUAUGAUUAUUCUGUAAUUUUCAAUAAUUUUUCAAAGUGGUCGUUUUGUGAUUGGUGUUAAGUUGAAAUAAUUAUUGUCCAGUUAGGUUAAAUUGGUGGGUCGCUUUAGUUUAUAAUAUAUUAGAUCUUUGUACAGAUUUAAAGCAUAUAGGCUGAAAAUAUUAUUGUUAUUAAUUUUUUGUAAUAUUGUGCAUUGUUGUGGUAUAGUAUUCAUAAUUAUUAUUAUUAUUAUAGAGAAAUAUAUAUUAUUAUUUGUUUAAUAA